AUGAUUAAUAGAUAAACCUUAUUUUAAGAAUGCUAUCUUUUAUUUCCUAAAUGUAUAUAUUAAUUUGAAAUAUGAAAUAGAAGAAGACAUUUGUUAUAUAGUUGACAAAAUAAAGGUUAGAAAAAUAUUUGAAGGUUAAGUUGAGUUUGAUUAACAAGAAAUCGAAAUCUUGAAAUAAUUCGAAGCAUAUUUAAUAUCUAAGCGCUUUAUGCCUAAGUUCUCACUUAAUUAAUUUUAGGUGGACUGAACCUUAAUUACUGAGGAUGCUCUAUGCUACUAAAUUUAAGUUUGAAAAGACUUAUGCAGCUAUAUAGGCCUAUAUUUAAUGGAGAAAACAAGCAUUUCCACUUAAGGAAAAUUAGGAAACAACGAAAUUCUUAGUAAUGAAUCUUUACUUAUUUUUUUAGUCAAGUGGUUCAAUUUAUUUGCAUGGAAGGGAUAAUAGAUUUAGACCAAUAAUAGUGGUUAAUGCUAUAAAAUUGGCAGCAUAAAAAAAUAUUGACAUAACCUUAGAUUCAAUGACUAUAUUUCUUGAACAUGUUUUAACAAAUUACAUGUUACCUGGAUAAAUAGAAAACUGGUAAAAUAUUAUUUCUCUAUAAUUUUUUUAGGGUAGUAGUAAUGGAUUUAGGAGGUUUAGGAAUCACAAGUUUACCUAGAUAAUAACUUUAAAGAGUUUUAGAUUAUCUAUAAAAUAACUAUCGUUCGAGAAUGCAUAAAUGUUAUGUAAUUAAUUGUCCUAGUACGAUCACUUUUUCUUGGAACAUAGUAAAAGGAUUUUUAGAGGAAAUAACAGUAAGGAAAAUCUCAUUUGAAAAAUCUUCGAUUCCAACUGGAUUAUUUGAACAUUGCCACAAAUCGUAAGUUGAAUAAAAAUAUGGUGGAAUAUCUAAAAAUAUAGAAAAUAAUUUUUGGUAAAGAAAAGUAUAAUUUCUUAAGGCCUCCUUGCGAGAUUAGUUAAGAGUAUUUUUUAUAAACAGAUAAAAUCACAGAUAUACUUAUUUCAAAACAACAAUACAAUUAGCUAUAUUAAUUUGGAAAAUUAUCAAAGAACCGACUUUGUAAAGAACUUCUUGAAGAUAUAAGAUAAUCUUUAUAAAAUACUAAUACAGAUUAACAUUUAGAUAAAAAAUUGAAAGAGGAAGUACCUGAUCCAGAAGAGGAGCAAUAAGUUAUUAAUGAUCUUAUUAAAAAUAAUUAAGGUUAUUACAAACCAAGAGUUGAAGAAUCUUUUGAAAUGCCAUUUUGUGAAACUGCAAUUCAAAUACCAUUAAAUUUUAUUGCUCAUAAAAAAAUGUUAAAAUAUUGAAG